AUGGCGGGGCUCAUCUCCCCCAAACCGCUCUCAUACCUCCAGCAUGCUGGACAGUUCAACCCAUACCAGCAACAGCAACAGCAACAGCAGCAGCAGCAGCGCCUAGCGGGGUCUGCGCUAUCCGGAUACUCCGACACCCACACCCACACUCAGAGCCAUACGCCAUCCCUGCACCCACACCAACACAUCAUGGGUCUUCAAGAAGAGAGCAAAAUAUAUAGUCUAGUUAUUGACCUUACGGAUCCUAAUGCGCGCGAGGCUGCAUUGCUGGAGUUGAGUAAGAAAAGAGAGCAGUAUGAGGAGCUCGCGUUGGUGCUUUGGCAUUCCUUUGGUAUCAUGCCAGCGCUAUUACAAGAAAUAGUAUCCGUCUACCCCCUCCUCUCCCCUCCGAACCUCACAGCACACGUAUCGAACCGAGUGUGCAAUGCCCUUGCGUUACUCCAGUGCGUGGCUUCGCAUCCGGAUACGAGACAGUUGUUCUUGAAUGCGCAUAUCCCGUUGUUUUUAUACCCGUUCUUGAAUACGACCUCGAAAACGCGGCCGUUUGAAUACCUCAGACUCACUUCCCUAGGCGUUAUUGGCGCCCUCGUCAAGCAAAACGACAAUAACACAGUCAUCCACUUUCUCCUCUCAACCGAAAUCAUUCCCCUCUGUCUCCGUAUAAUGGAAACGGGUUCCGAGCUCUCCAAAACAGUCGCCAUCUUCAUCGUCCAAAAGAUCCUACUGGACGAAACGGGUCUUACGUACAUUUGCCACACUUACGAGCGGUUUUAUGCCGUGGGGACGGUUUUGAGUAAUAUGGUGAAUCAGUUGGUGGAAACGCAGGCUGUUAGGCUGUUGAAGCAUGUGGUGAGGUGUUAUUUGAGGCUUAGUGACAAUAUGAGAGCGAGGGAAGCCCUGAGGGCUUGUCUCCCUGAACCGCUGCGUGAUCAGACGUUCAGCGUGCUUCUCAAGGGAGACAUGGUUACCAAACGAUGUCUGACGACUCUUUUAAACAACCUCAACGAGCAGUGA